UUCCCAUGCCUGUAAAUCAAAUCAUUUCCAUGUUUUCAGAACCAAAAUUCGAUUCAAAAAAAUUAAAUAUAUAAAGGUGACCGCUCACCAUUCCCCUCGGCAAGAAUUUGCCUAAUUUGCAUAUAUCGUCCUCCUACGUCAGCGAGUCUAAACAGAACUUUCGACUUCGAAUCGUUUCCAACGCCUCGAUGAUAUCGAAAGCUCUUUUGCUUAUUUCCUACUUCUCGCCGUCGUCGUCGCAGCUCUGGCCUCGAUUCAAGUAUAGUUAAAUAAAGGAAGAGCGAAGGGAGGGGUGACCAGCGCGCAUGCGCCGGAGGGGGUGUUCUAUCGAAGAAUCAAGUAAAUAGAAGCGGAGAGUCAGAGCGGGGCGGUGACGUCACUGCUCCACAUUGAGCUCCAGCCUGGCCGCGGUAGUAGUGAGUGAGAUAGAUCGAGCGCGCGUCGUAGUAAAGCGCACGCUACUAUGAAGUUCUGUUUGUAACUUAAUUAUUACUUGUGUGAGCGCGAGAGGAGCCUACCUCUUUUUUUCCCCCAGCGUUUCUGAGGACAUUUUAAAGAGGAUUGUGCUUGAUUUCGGAGGGUUUUUCACCUGAAAGAGCGAUGUCGUCCGCGGCGGUAGCUGCUUCGAGGAGGCAGUCGUGUUAUUUAUGUGACUUGCCCCGCAUGCCGUGGGCUAUGAUCUGGGAUUUUACCGAACCCGUUUGCAGGGGAUGUGUGAACUACGAAGGAGCCGACAGGAUCGAGUUUGUCAUUGAAACCGCUCGGCAGCUCAAAAGAGCCCAUGGAUUUCAGGACGGCAGACCGGCGGGACCGGGCAAACAGUUGUCGGGGAAGGAGAUCCAGGCGUUGAAUCACGCGUCCGGAGACCCGGGCUCGCGCCCGCCGCAGCCCCUUGACCGCUACCCGCUCUCCUCCGAGCGUCCGCCCAGGCUGGGAGCCGAAUACCAGUCUGCGCGGCAUGCGAAUGGCAUCCCGGUCCCGAACGGAUUCUCAAAACCGGACGAUCCGCCGGAGCUCAACCGCCAGAGUCCGAACCCGCGCAGGACUAGCGGCGUGCCGCCCAAUUUAGUGCCUUUGGUGAACGGCAGCAUGGCGCACGCGAUCAACGGCAGACCGGGACAGAUGUCGGGUCUCAGCCCUGCUGACCUGAAUAAGCGGCCAGCCUCGGUCUCCAGCACGGAGCACGACAAGGACAAGCACAGACCGGACAGCAUGACGCCGGAGAUCAGCGACAACCACAAGACCCGGGCGGACGACUGGAUCAACAAGAACAAAACGGUCCGGGAUCUGAUGGCGCUCAACCCGUACGACAGCAGAUUUAAGAAGGAGCACAUGCAGCAGAGGGUCAUGUACGAAACAAACACUCCUGCGUCCAAAUCAGAUCGAGGCAAACAUCCCAAGAAUUCAUUAAAGAGAAAAGCCUCGCCGGAGCCCGACGGGGAGGGCACUGCCGGGAAGAUUAACGGAGAAGGACAGUGGCUCCCGGCAGCGGCAGCAGAAGGUGGUUUGAAAAUGCCCCCAGUGCAGCCGCCUAGCUUCGCCUCCCCACCCUCCACGAUAUCCCCGCACCCUCGCACCACCCCGCCGGAGCCCGCCGCGGCGGCCGCCGCCACUCAGAACGGACACUCUCCCAUGGCAGCGCUCAUUAUGGCUGCGGACAACGCCGGCGGCAACAGCUCGCCCAAGGACGCCAACCAGGUCCACUCCACGACGCGCAGAAACAGCAGCAGCCCGCUGUCGCCCAACCAACGGCGGCUGGCGCAGGGCGCGGGGACGCCUCACGUGCCGGGCAUGGAUCCGGUGCAUCCUCAGAGCAUUCCGGACUCAUCGGUUCCCAGCAGCAUCCCGCUGUGCUGCACGCUUUGCCACGAGAGGCUGGAGGACACACACUUUGUGCAGUGCCCUUCGGUGCCGUCGCACAAGUUCUGCUUCCCGUGUUCCCGGGAGAGCAUCAAACAGCAGGGCGCUACCGGAGAGGUGUACUGUCCGAGCGGGGAGAAAUGCCCCCUGGUGGGCUCCAACGUACCGUGGGCUUUCAUGCAAGGUGAAAUAGCCACCAUUCUCGCUGGAGAUGUCAAAGUAAAAAAGGAGAGAGACCCUUGAUUUGUUUUGUUUUUUUGUCCUCCCUUUUUUGAAAAUAUUCAAAAAUAUUGGUCUAUAUAAAUAUAUAAAUAUGAAUAUCACAUGCAUACAUCCAGACAGAAACUAAUGGACUUGUAUAUAAUGGACAUAAGGGACAUGCAUACUUCGUAAACAUUGCUGUACAUUUUUUUGAUUUUUGAAUACAUUGUGUUUCUAUAUUUUUUGAAGAUAAAAGGUAUGUACUCAUUAUAACGGACUACGUUCUUCUUUGUCGAUGUUUAACGAUUUCUUGAUGUACUUUUAGGUAUGGUGGCAGUUCCUGUUAAACGUAGAAUGUGACUAAUGCAACUCUACGAGCACUUGGCAAACAUUGGAAAACGCUUCUAGCUGUACUUGUAUGCACUUGUUUAAAAUUGCCAAAUACAUUUUCUGAUCUUGUAUUAA